CCCAAAGCCCAGGCUGUGUCCUUUUCCUUGUGCAGUCCCUGUGCAUGUCCACAGAGCACUGAGCAGAGCUGGGACACAAACACUGUGCUUGUUGUCUGAGCUGGCCCUGGGCAUUGCUGUCCCCUGGGACUGAGCCUUGCCAGGAGCUCAGGUGUGGGCUCAGCCUGCUCCCAGAUGCCUCCUGCAGCAUCCAACGAGCUGCUGGAAAAGGAGCUGGAUAUGUCUGCAAGAGCUGCAGCCACUGCAGUGCAGACGUGCCCUGAGGUGAACAGUGGUUGGGGUGAGGAAUGUCUGAUUGGUUCCAAAUUUUACUAAAAAACCUUGGAGUAAUAAAGAAAUCUUCCCCCCCCCCCCAUUUUAUAAAGAAAUGGUUUGAUGUAUAACUGCUCAUUGCCAUUCCCUCUGAAUUCCUGACUCCAGCAGGCUGUGAGGUUUUCAGUGCCUGUCUGGGGGAAUUACUAAUUAUUUAUUUCAGUGUUUCUCGGGCAGAACCGAGUGCUGUCUUGGGAACUUCAGGGCAGUGGCUCUUGAUGGAGAGUUAGGUAUUCUGGUAAGAGGAAUGAAUUUGGUUUCUAAUGCAUUUUGUGUUGUCUGAGGCUCUGUCAGGACUAGCACUCUGAGCAGAUCACAUGGAAACACACAGAUGGUUUUCCCAAAACGUGCAGUAUAGCGUUGAAAGAAAACAUGAGACAUGAGUGUGCCAGUCUGCAGAAGAAAAGGACAGGCAAAGAGGGAGCCAAGGUAGGCAUCCUGCUUGGUGAAGGUAAGAUCAGCUGGUUUUUGAUAGAAUUUUGAGGCAUGAUGGUUCCAGGCUUUGUGUGUGAACGAUCAGGAGCUUAGUAUUAUCUGUUGUUAAUUUGCAGAUAAGAAAUAGAUACCAGCUGGGCUUUGUGUCACAUCCCCUUUUGGCAGUGAUGCUGUGGGAGAUGUGUAAGGAUGAAAAACGGAAAGAGAGCUGGUCUCUGACUCAAGGUUUGACAGCUUUAAAAUCCUGAUAGACUGGGAUGUGUUUUCCACCACUGGUUUCUGUAGAGAGCAGUUCUAGGAACAUCUUAGUUUGGGGGAAAUCCUAUAUCAACAAGAGAGAUGAACAAAGUGUUUGCUUUUGGUUUUUGGUUACCACUUGUGCCUCUGAGCAGGGAGUGGGAAGCAUUUUAAAACGAGUCAAGAUUACAUAACUGAGAAGUAGUGAUGGCUUAAAAAAAAGGCAGUUGGGUUGCACAAGUGCUCUGUCAGGAGGUCGAGGUGCCACAUCCAGCCAACUGCUGUGCAGCUUCAGCAAACUGCUCCUGAUUUUACCUGUCCUCACUGAUAAAUGAGAUUACAGACCCCUGCCAUCCUCCUGUCCACUGUGCCCUCUGGUCACACCACGGCUGCACCUUCAGUGUGUGAGAUUUUAUUUGCUCAUACACAUUGGGUGGGAAGGUCUGACCCUCCCCUUCCAGCAGGCAGCUGAAUGGCAGCUUACAGUGAUCCCGGCUAUAUAGCAAAUCUAAGAGGAUGUAAUGCACUUAUUGAACAUUUCCAUGCUGGACUUGCAUUGUCAGCUUGAUUUCCCUGACCCGGAGCGUUCCCUCACAGCUCACAAAGCUCGCCUUGCUCUGAAUCCCAGGGCAGGGCCAGUGGGGAGUGCAUACCAUUAACUCCAGCACUCUUUUUCCCUUCCAGCUAAGCCUGGAAAACCGUAGCCAAAAGACAGCAAACCACAGGGAAGUGGAGACGUGUGUGAUGACUGAGCUUGCCCUAAAAGAAAUCAUGUCAUCAGGGGGAGCUGAAGAUGAUAUUCCUCAAGCAGAGAGAAAAACGGUGACAGACUUUUGCUACUUAUUGGAUAAAUCUAAGCAGCUCUUCAAUGGCUUAAGGGAUUUACCUCAGUAUGGGCAGAAGCAGUGGCAAUCCUAUUUUGGGCGAACAUUUGAUGUUUACACCAAACUCUGGAAGUUCCAACAGCAGCACCGACAAGUAUUGGACAAUCGGUAUGGGUUGAAGAGGUGGCAAAUUGGGGAAAUUGCUUCCAAGAUUGGGCAGCUCUAUUACCAUUAUUACCUGCGCACCUCUGAGACCAGCUAUCUCAACGAGGCUUUCUCCUUCUACUCUGCCAUUAGGCAGAGGUCCUACUACUCCCAGGUCAACAAAGAAGACAGGCCUGAAUUAGUGGUUAAGAAGCUGCGUUACUAUGCAAGGUUUAUCGUGGUUUGUCUCCUGCUCAACAAGAUGGAUGUUGUAAAGGACCUUGUAAAGGAGCUGUCAGAUGAGAUUGAGGACUACACGCAUCGUUUCAAUACUGAAGAUCAGGUGGAGUGGAACCUGGUCCUUCAGGAAGUGGCAGCAUUUAUUGAGGCAGACCCUGUCAUGGUUUUAAAUGAUGACAACACCAUUGUAAUCACCUCUAACAGGCUUUCUGAGACUGGAGCUCCGUUGCUGGAGCAGGGCAUGAUAGUGGGACAGCUUGCUCUUGCAGAUGCGCUCAUUAUUGGGAACUGCAACAACCAGGUCAAGUUCAGUGAAUUAACAAUUGACAUGUUCCGAAUGCUGCAAGCCCUGGAGAGGGAACCCAUGAACUUGGCAUCACAAAUGAACAAACCUGGAAUGCAGGAAUCUACAGAGAAACCAGCCAGGCGGGAAAACCCCCAUAAAUACCUACUUUAUAAACCAACUUUUAGCCAGCUAUAUACAUUUUUAGCAGCAUCAUUUAAGGAGCUGCCUGCCAACAGCGUGCUGCUGAUUUACCUGUCUGCCACGGGCGUGUUCCCAUCAGGUCGUUCGGAUAGUGAAGGUCCCUACGAUUUUGGGGGUGUGCUGACCAACAGUAACCGGGACAUCAUCAACGGGGACGCCAUCCACAAGCGCAACCAGUCCUACAAGGAGAUGCACUGCCUUCACCCUGGAGAUCUCUACCCUUUCACCAGAAAGCCCCUGUUCAUCAUCGUGGACUCUUCCAACAGCGUGGCCUACAAGAAUUUCACAAACUUAUUUGGACAGCCAUUGGUGUGCUUGCUUUCUCCAACAGCAUAUCCAAAAGCAUUACAAGAUCAGUCUCAGCGGGGUAGCCUCUUCACACUCUUUCUGAACAAUCCGUUAAUGGCAUUCCUGUUUGUCUCUGGAUUAUCAAGCAUGCGCCGAGGCUUGUGGGAGAAGUGUCAGGAUUACCUCAGAAAAAUCAACCGGGACAUUGCCCAGCUGCUGACCCACUCCAGAUCCAUAGAUCAGUCCUUUCUUCAGUUUUUUGGGGAUGAAUUUCUUCGCUUGCUUCUCACAAGAUUUAUCUUCUGUUCGGCUACUAUGAGGAUGCACAAAAUCUUCCGGCAGGAGACUCGAAAUUAUCCUGAAUCUUAUCCUCAGCUGCCAAGAGAUGAAACGGUGGAGAACCCUCACCUCCAAAAGCACAUUUUGGAGCUGGCUUCCAUACUGGAUGUUAGGAAUGUUUUCCUGGAAAACACACUCGAUGACUAUUAAAAGAAACUGUCUUACUGCAAAGGGGAUUCCCUGGCCACAGAUUUUGAAUGGUGCAGUUUUAUAAUGUGAAAAUCAUAAAAGGAAGUACUUGAUUUUAUUUUUAAAUUUAGGACCAUUAUUUUAAAAAGUAAUAAUAAACAGCUGUUAGUUGAGCUGUUCCAUUCUGUAUGGGGUCAAUUUUAUAAGCAGAAGUUUUCAUGUCUUUUAAAUGUUAAACUAAAGAAUCACUAGAGGUUUAUUUCUGGUCUUGUGGCUGUCAACCACAUUUCCAACAGCUGAUCCUAACAUAGAAGUAUUAUUGGUUACCUUUAGCCCACAUUUGUGGAAAUCCUUUAUUUUUAUACAAUUUUAAGAAAUUGGAAAGAAAAAAAAAUCAACAGAAAAAAACCAAUAUUUUAUCCCCAAAGAGUUUGGAUUUGAAAUGGUAAAGAUGGAACCACACAGUGCAAACCAACAAUAGCAAUAACACAGAUUCCUUCAUAACAAAUAUAUUUUUUCAGUCUUAGGCAAGUGAGGAGACAAAACUGUGGACAAUUAAGUUGCAUUUGGAGCAGUGCUUUGAAGUGAAAUUGUAAAGAUACUUCAUGCUCCCUGUAAGUUUGGCACAGCAGUUUUCUGUCUGAACUGUGUGCUGCUGGCCAAGGACCUGGCUGGGCAGGUGGUCAAUAGGUGAACAAACUGCAAACCCUGAACGUCAGCCCCCAGCUCUCACUGUCAUGUGUGGCACCCUGUCACAGGAGGAGGGGGCAUCCUGCAGUUGGAGGGACUGUUUAGAAAUUGCAGCAUUUCCAGCAGGUGCUGCCCCUCCUGUCCGUGUGUGGAUGGAAUGUGUGGCUCCCACAGCACGAGCACUCCCUGGCAGGAGCAGGGGGGAUGUCCCAGUUAUUGCUGAUGUGACAGUGCUGUGCCAGCCCCUGCUGUCACUCGUGUGUCUGACCCUGCUGUGCCACAGCCCCAGGAGAGGUGCUGAUGUUCCCCUGUCAGGUGAAACCAAGUGGGAGCUGCUGUGACCCUCUGGAUGUUUUGCAUGUCCCCUCAUGACCCAGCCCUGCCCUGGAACCAGGAGGGGCUGAACCUGUGGCAGCACCUUUGGCUCCCCAGCCCAAGAGCUCAGCCUGGGUGUGUGCAGGAGCACAGUGGCCUUUGGGAAGGGGCUGGGUGGAGGAGGCUCUUGUGGCUGC